AUGUCUCUCCGCAACGCCGUCAAAGAACUCCGGCGAGGUAUCUACAGCAGUCACCCAGCUCCAUCUUCUCGUACGCAUAGCUCGUGGGGCAUUUCAUGCCCAGAGACAACAACUGCAGCGUACUUUGAUACAUGUCCAGCAUACCUUCCCACGACACUCUCGCAUACACAGCCCGUCCACUCAGCCUCAUGCCGCAACUUCCUCGAGGACACGCUCGACUCGGAUUUCGACUCGGAAGAAGCACCUCCCCCAUACAUGAAACUCUCCAAUGGGGACACAAAGCCCGAAUACUCGAGGGCCGACCCUGCUAAGACCAUAGACGCAAAUCUUUCUCGGAUGGACGGUGCACUGUGUCUCCGAUGCAAUGCGCGCAAGGCCAAGGCUUGGUAUCUCCGGCAAACGGGGCACAAAAGCCAACAAAUCACCUAUCGGGGCGACUGA